UUUAUGAUGAGGCAUUUGCUAUGGCUGAUGACCCUUUGGAAGGCUUCCAUGAAGUAAACCUUGCCUCACCUACUUCCCCGGACCUUCUCAGUGUGUAUGAGCCGGGAACCCAAGAACAGACUACCUCACCAAGUGUCAUCUACCGGCCAUACCCUUCAGCUUUAUGCUCUGCCCCUAUCCAGGCUAAUGCAUUGGAUGCUUCUGACCUGCCUACACAACCUGUGUAUUCAUCCCCCAGACGUUUAAGUUGUGCAGAAGUCACUGGUGUCAGCAUUCAUGCUACCGACCCAGCAUCUUGUUCUACCUCUGGAGUCCCAGCGGGGUUAACUAAGUUCACCGCGAGGAAAGACAGCUGUAAUCCAGAGAGGGAGUUUUUACAGGGUGCCACUGUGACAGAUGCUUGUGAUGGCAGUGAUGAUAUCUUUGGGUUGAGUAUUGAUAGCCUGUCUCGUUUACGAAGCCCCUCUGUUUUGGAAGUUAGAGAAAAGGGCUAUGAAAGAUUAAAAGAAGAACUUGCAAAAGCUCAGAGGGAACUGAAGUUAAAAGAUGAAGAAUGUGAGAGGCUUUCAAAAGUACGAGAUCAACUUGGACAGGAAUUGGAAGAACUCACAGCUAGUCUGUUUGAGGAAGCUCAUAAGAUGGUGAGAGAAGCAAAUGUAAAGCAGGCAACAGCAGAAAAACAGCUGAAAGAAGCUCAAGGAAAAAUCGACGUUCUGCAGGCUGAAGUCGCUGCGCUGAAGACACUCGUCCUGUCCAGUUCUCCAACAUCACCGACCCAGGAGCCUUUGCCAGGAGGAAAGACAGCUUUUAAAAAGGGACACCAGAGGAACAAAAGCACGAGCAGUGCGAUGAUUGGCAGUCAUCAGGACCUCACUGUGAUCCAGCCCAUUGUGAAAGACUGCAAAGAGGCUGAUUUGACUCUGUAUAAUGAGUUCAGAUCCUGGAAGGAUGAGCCCACGAUGGACAGAACAUGUCCUUUCUUAGACAAAAUCUAUCAGGAAGAUAUCUUUCCAUGUUUGACAUUUUCAAAAAGUGAGCUGGCUGCAGCUGUUUUGGAGGCUGUGGAGAACAAUACUCUGAGCAUCGAACCAGUGGGACUGCAGCCGAUUCGAUUUGUGAAAGCUUCUGCAGUCGAGUGUGGAGGACCAAAAAAAUGUGCUCUCACUGGCCAGAGUAAGUCCUGUAAACACAGAAUUAAAUUGGGGGACUCAAGCAACUAUUACUAUAUUUCUCCUUUUUGCAGAUAUAGGAUCACUUCUGUGUGUAAUUUUUUUACGUACAUUCGAUAUAUCCAGCAGGGACUUGUGAAACAACAGGAUGUUGAUCAGAUGUUUUGGGAAGUUAUGCAAUUGAGAAAAGAGAUGUCCUUGGCAAAGCUGGGAUAUUUCAAAGAAGAACUCUGAUGCUCGGCGUGGGACCAUGCACGAACCUCUCGGAACAACUGGAAAAUGACUGCAUAUUUUUAUGGUUUCUCAAUAUUUAUUUCCAAGGAGUGGGCCCAAGACUUUUCUCCUCUUUUGCAAAUUACACUAAGAAAUACUGUGAUUUCUUUUAAACUGACUUAUGCUGUGUUUGCAUAUUCUUUAGUUGAACACACUGUGAAGAAUUACAGGUGUACACUAGUGAUUGUAAUUUCUAGUUGCAAAAACAGACAAAUAAAUAAAUGUUAGAUUGA